AUGGCACACGAGACUUCGCCAUCAGCUGCCCGCCGCAAUAGCAUCACUUCGCCCGCCACCAUUUCCAGCGUGGGUGACGGCUACUCGGUCAAUGUCCGCUUCAUCGAGCUUCAGAAGGAGCUCCGCUUUGUCCUCUCUGCCGGAGUAACAAGCCUAGCGCCAUCUCGGGCAGCUUCACCUGACCAUGAAGACUUGCUCCAGGACCAAGGUCUCGACCUGACGACCGCUGAUGGCACCGCCGUUGCAACUCCGUCCCAGCGACGGAGUCUUCUGAACUCCACGAAGCUGCCGGAUGGUAUCUCUAAGCUUUGUGUCAUCAACUACCUGAAGAACUGGAUAACUGAAUGUGCUCCUUUUCUUGACAAGUUUGACGAGAAACAUCAUUUCGGAGUUCAGGUACCGAUCCUGGCACAGCACUCUCCAGCACUGCUGUAUGCCGUCCUGGCCUUUUCGGCACGCCAGAUCGAGAGGAAGAAUGCCGUGGAGAAAAGCUACGACAGUCUUGAGCUGUAUCAGAAAUCCAUUCGACUGCUGGGACCAAGUUUACAGGCCCGAGAAGCCAGCGUCCUUGUUACCGUGUGUAUACUCGCGUGUCUGGAGCUAAUGUCUGGAAGCCCCAGGGAUUGGAAACGCCAUCUGGAAGGCUGCGCCAGCCUCUUUGGUUGCUUUGGCGUAACGGGUUUCUCAGGGAAGUUGUUGCAAGCUGUCUUCUGGUGCUAUGCUCGGAUGGAGCUCUGCGGAGUCAUCAUCUCCAACAGCAUAGAAGCCACAGUUCUUCCACUCGAACAAUGGAUCCCGCCCAUGCCUUCGGACUACAGCCCUUCCGAUCUCACAUACAGAGAGAGACAUGAGUCCUUCGCCCACCACCUUUUCCAAAAAACGAGUUGGAACUGCCCCGACAUGCAUGCCAAUUGGGCAGUUUACCUUUGCACCAAAGCAUGCGAUCUGAUUUGCCGCCGGGUUCGCCAUCUCGAGCUUGGUGAGCAGGACGAUGACAAGCGCCCUUUUGCCACACGAUGGCAUUACCUCUGGAACGAACUCCAGUUCUGGCUCGACCACCGCCCAAGCGAGCUCCUGCCCAUCACCAUUACCGAACCAAGCGGCAAUCAACUCUUCCCAGAGAUCCUGUACACUCAUUGGGCGGCAAUCUCCAGCAACCAACUCUACCAUACCGCCUGCCUCAUUCUCCUUGACACCACAUCCCUCGGCCGCCCAGAUUUAACGUCGCUGUCUUCCAGAAUUACCACCAGUUCGCACCAACAACAGCACUCACUCUCGCUGACCUGGCAUGCGAAGCGAGUUUGCGGUAUCUCUCUGACCAAUCCCCACCUCGGCAAUCUUGUCAAUGCUAUUCAGCCGCUGUAUGUCGCUGGCAGACAUUUGACACACCCGGAAGAGCAUCUCGCCACAGGGAGAUUACUGAAGAAGAUCGAUCUGAGUACUGGCUGGGGAGCAUUGUGGCGUCUAAGGGAUCUCGAGGCCGUUUGGGGGUACGACCAGGGCGAGAUUUUGUCUGCUAUCAAGGGCUCGAGCUGA